AAAAUAAAUGUAUUACACAACUUUGGGUAACUUUGACAAACAGGAAAACUUGGUGCUCCGGACACGUGGUGGCGCUGUGGACAGUUUCCCUUCCGUUCUCCGGCGCUCUUUCGCGGACCGCUUCAGCGUCAGGUCGCGGCUGUCAUGGCGGCGUGCAGGGCGCUCGUGAGUCGCGCUGUGUUACCUCUGCAUUUGCAUCAUGCUUCCAGAGGAGUGAUGCUCACACAUGUCAGAGAGAAGAAGAGAUGGAUGAAGGCUUAUACGCUCAUCAUGGAGAGGAAGAGAAAAAUGGAGGGGCCUCCACCUCCAAAGCCACGCUCCCGGCAGCCAAACUUUGAUUAUCACGCUGAAGUGGAGGCCUUCGGUGCCCGACUGCAGGAGAGUUUCUCUCUGGAGCUUCUGAAGACGGCGUUUGUGAACGCGUGUUACCUGCGGUCUGAGGAGGAGAGGAGGCGAGCACUGGGCCUUGAUUUGGAGACGACCGCCCUUAACCUGCAAGACAAUAGCGAGCUGUGCGUGCGCGGACAAAGGUUUACAAAGGGUUUCCUCAGUGACUGGUGCAGGGGAAGCUUUCCCAACUUGCCUGACGAAGGUGUGGCUGACAUCGUAGGCCACCUGACAGGGUCAGAGGUCAUGUGUCACGUCGCACGGAACCUUGCAGUGGAGGAUUUGACGAUGAGUGCAGAGUUUCCUGUUCCCGAUGAAACCCUGCAAGGAACGUUCUUCGCUGUGAUUGGUGCUCUGGAGCAGAGCAGUGGGCCUGUGAGAGCCGGACUUUUCAUUAGAGAUUUCCUGGUGACCCAGCUGAUAGGGAAAGAUCUGUUUGACUUGUGGAAAGUGGUUGAUCCCAUGGGGCUGCUGGUUAAAGAACUGACCCGUAAAGGUACAGCUCUACCUGAGCCCCGUCUCAUCCGGUCUGCCGGCGCCAGUACUGUCCUUCCUCUCUAUUUCGUCGGGCUUUACAGUGACCGUAAGCUGCUGGCUCAGGGUCCAGGCGAGACUGUUCUGGCAGCAGAAGAGGAGGCAGCUCGCGUGGCUCUGAGGAAACUCUACGGCUUCACUGAGAACCGCAGGCCGUGGGACUUCACUGCCCCCCGCGAGCAGCUCCAGAGGCCCAGCGCACAGGCUAUUACCAGCGGAUAAUGUAUCGUACUGUGGCUUGAAGAGCUGAUUCCAGUGGGACACUUUCAAAAUAUGUACAUUCAUCAUCGUCUGCUUAUGUUGGGUGAACCUCGAUUUCAUUUGCUGAAAUGUGUCUGUCGGGUCACUGGAGUCCAGUUUAAUAUCCCAGAAAAACUGAAACUCUUGAUGUAAUACCACAUACUAGGAUAAUUAAAAGCAUCAUAUACGGCUACCUUA